GGGGUUCCGGUGCCGGGUUGAGAGAUAUGGCAAUGCACUGCGAACUCUGAUUUUGCGGUCAUCGAAUUGAGCUGACUGCUUGAACAGCACUCCGACCUGUGCUAUUGCCAUGAUGCUGUGCCGUUGGCUGCAGCUGGAGCUGCUGCGACCGUGCGGCCGCGCCGUGCGCUUCGUCCGCUGUCGGCGCAUCCCACAGUCGCCCCAGUCCCGCUCCUGCUCGAGCGGGCCUCCGCUGCUGAUCGACGGCGCCGCCUACCAGCCGGACUCGUGGACCAACGUGACACCGCGCGUGCUGCAGCUGGUCGGCCGCCGACUACACGAGCAGCCGCACCACCCGCUCUGCCUGCUGAAGCAGCGCGUCACGCGAUACAUGCACGGUGCCUUCCGCAACGCGCGCGGUAACCCGCUCUUCUCGCUGCACGAGCGGCUGGGGCCGGUGGUGAGCGUGGCGCAGAACUUCGACAGCCUGCUGGUGCCCGCCGACCACCCGAGCCGGCGCCGCAGCGAUAACUACUACGUGUGUGCCGACCGCGUGCUGCGGGCGCACACGAGCGCGCACCAGGCCGAGCUCCUGGCGGCCGGGCUCGACGCAUUCCUGGUGGCCGGCGACGUGUACCGGCGCGACGAGAUCGACCGCACCCACUACCCGGUGUUCCACCAGAUGGAGGGCGUGCGCGUGCAGAACCGCGAACAGCUGUUUGGUCCACUGGCCGCCCCGGAGCUGCGCCUGUUCGAGCCGUCGCCGGUCCCGCGGCGGCCCGAGCGGCAGCAGGUCCACACGCUCGAGGCCGUCAAGCUGAUGGAGCACGACCUCAAGACGUGCCUUGAGGGGCUUGCUCGACGCCUCUUCGGCGCCGACAUUGAGUUCCGCUGGGUGGACUGCUACUUUCCCUUCACCCACCCGUCCUGGGAGCUGGAGGUGCAGCUGGACGGCGAUUGGAUGGAGGUGCUCGGCUGUGGCAUCAUGGAGCACCAGAUACUCGAGAACAGUGGCGUUGGUGACCGUAUCGGCUGGGCGUUCGGUCUCGGCCUGGAGCGACUCGCCAUGAAGCUGUAUGAUAUUCCGGACAUUCGGCUGUUCUGGUCACGUGACACGGGCUUUCUCAACCAGUUCCGUGUGGAAGACUGCGAACAGAAGAUACGGUACAAGCUGGUGAGCCAGCACCCCCAGUGCAGCAACGAUCUGAGCUUCUGGCUGCCGGCGGGCGACGCGUACUCGUCGGCCGACUUCUACGACCUGGUCCGGACACUGGGCGGCGACCUCGUGGAACAGGUCUCACUCGUCGACGAGUUCCGACACCCGAAGACGGGCCGCGCCUCGCACUGCUACCGCAUCACGUACCGGCACAUGGAGCGCACGCUGACGCAGGCCGAGGUCAACGGCCUGCACGAGCGGAUAGCGCAGGCAGCCGCCCAGCAGCUGGCGGUGUCGGUCCGGUGACGGGGCG